AGGUAUAAAAACAAUAGGCCUAACCUACCUAUAGUUUGUAGCAGAAAAACAAAAAUAAGUUGAUCGAUCACAUGUAUUGAAGUUGAAAAAAAAAAAUAGUGUAAUGACUGUAUUUUCUACUUUAUUACACUGAUUAUUGUAUUCAAUCCAUUGUACCUAUAUAAUAAAUAAUCGCCAAGAUGAGCGCUCCAUACACAGAACUGGCCAAGCCCGUGAGCGAAUUCUCGCUUAUGUGCCGAGGUUGCUUGGCUGACUCCGGGGAAAUGAAAAAUAUAAUCGAAUGGGGCUUUGUUGAAGAGUUUUGUAAAUACACCGAUGUUGAGGUGUCGAACCUGGAUGGUCUGUCUCAGCUGCUGUGUAACACUUGCGAGGAGACCCUGGCAUCCUGCAAGAGGUUCAGAGAACAAUGCCAAAGAUCUAAUGUUUUGCUAAAGAAUAAAUUACAGUCUGAAGAAGCGUCACAAGAGCCAGUCCAACAUGGAAAUGUAACGAAAGUGAACACAGCAGUCUGUGUGAAAUACAAUAAAAAGUUGGUGUUUAUGAUCACAGCCCCUAACAUAGAGGCGAAAGUAUACCUCGACUGCCCUUACUGCCGCGAAAAGUUUCAGAAGAAAAAAGACCUGUUCUACCAUUUAUUAAAAACACAUCACGUUGACAAAAAAAUGUUCAUCGAUCUACAAUACUAUUGCUCUUAUCCGAACUGCCACUAUCACGUUAGCAAUGAGACAAAAUACUUCACUGAGAGGAAAUAUCUCAACCAACAUUACAAUAAAGUCCACAGAAGCAAAGACAUCAAGUGUGAGAAGUGCAACCAGAGUUUUAUCAAUACGGCAAAAUUUUACAAACAUUUGAAUACAUGUAACAUUGUAUAUUCGUGUCAAAUAUGUGAUAAAUAUUACAAAGCACAUGAGCAAUUGAUUGUGCAUUUAAUGAGACGUCACCCAGAUGUCCAUAAACAAUAUAAGGAGAGCAGAGCAUUGAAAAGAAAAAUAAAUUCGAAUUUUGAAAAUAAAAAACAAAAGACUGACGAUCAGAAAUUGAACGAACUAUUUUGCGACAGUCCAAAGCGAACGUCCGCCACGCAAACAUCCACAUUGGAGGACAGUUUGAAGAACGACGUGAUAUUUUGGAAAAAUGACAAUUACGAUACGAAAAAAGAUGAAAUAUCGACGCAAACGGUAUUCGAAGAUUUGCUAUCAUUAAAAUCUGUUACAAGUGAGGACGAUUCAAUAUUUUUCUCUGAAACUGUGUCUUUAUCUGAUAUACACACUCAAACUCUGCCUGUAGAUUUUGGACGUUCACACAAAGAGACUAUUACUGACAGUAGCUACCUGGACCUGACUAUAAAGGAGACACAGACUUGUUGCUGCCUAGACUCGCCAAAACUGUUCAAAUUGUGUGAUGCUAUGUCGAAGUCCACCGAGACUCAAACAGCGGAGAGGCUUAUGGUAAAGUCUGAUGUUUUACUGAGCUGCUCAACUGAAACACAAACUUAUUUCGAUGGAGACUUUGACAAGAACAGUUUGUGAUGUUGGCAGCAAUUUUUGUAAAAUUCUCUUAUGCCGGUUACACACUAUCGACGAAUGUUACAUAGUUGGUAUUGAGACAUUUUUGUGAAGCGGUGAUCAAAAGGUCCCAGGUUCGAAUCACACUCGUGCCACAUGAGAUUGUAUACCAAACUGACUCAUGUAAUUUUCAUAGAUUAGCUUUCGGAGAAGGAGAACUUUGCGAGGAAUCCUGUAUGUGUCUAUACUCACCUGGUUUUUUGUAAAAGGUUUUUCCGUAAAAUAGAUCUAUACAUAUAAUUAGGGCUAUCUAAUAGUAAGACAACUGGAAUUUGUUCUGUAUUAUUUUCAGAAAUAUUCAUUGUUAAAUGGAGAAGGCAAUUUUCCAUUAAUAUUACCAAGAGAUUUGUGACCGCAACCCUCAGCCAUGAGGAAUACGACUGUAAAGACGAGAUCUUUUAUUUACCGCAAGUAAACCGGCAAUGUACAUCGAACUAGCCAAAUUUUGGCAAACUAUUCGCUGAUAGUGGAUCGCUGGCAUUAGAUGUGUAGUGUAAAAAUAUGCGUAUAAGAUUCUUGGCCGCACCUUCACCCGCGUGAGAAAAUUAUCCUAUGUCGCUUUCCACCAUAUUUUAUGUAAAUAAUCUCACUAUCCUCAUAAUGAGCAAUGAACUAGUGUCAUUUUUUGCAUUGCUCCAUUCUGUCGUAAACAAAGGACAAAUAAACACACCUCAUUUAUAUUAUCUAUACUAUUAUUAUAAAGAGGUAAGCGUUUGUGAUUUUGUGACUUUGUGAUUUUGUAUGUUUGAGGCGGGUAAUCUCCGAAACUACCGAACCGAUUUCAAAAAUUCUUUCACCAUUAGAAAGAUACUUACCAUUACCAUUAGAGCGAAGUCCCGGGCAACAUCUAGUUAUUAAAUAUAUAACUAAUAUAAUUUCCUAUGGGAGUGAAAUAUAAAAUUGCCUUAUAAAUAACUUUUAAUCCUGCUAAUAUUAUAAAUGUGAAAGUUUGUGAGGAUGCAUGUGUGUAUGUUUGUUAGUCUUUCACGCAAAAUCUACUAGACUGAUCGUUAAGAAUUUUGGAACACGGGUAGAAUAUAAACUGGUAUAACAUAUAGGGUUCUUUUUCUCCGGAAAUUCCCACGGGAGCGAUGCCCCAGGUUACUGCUAGUAUAGAGAUAUAUAUAUAUAAUAGAUAAUAUAGAGUGGUUCAUUAUAAAAAAAUCGAAGUAUCCUUGCGACCAAAGAUUUUUGGUCGUAUUAUAGCAAUACUAGCUGAAUUGUAAUUACAACGAAUGAUAAACAGCGCGGGAAAAUAUAUUUUCAAUUUUAUGCCAUCUAUUUCGUAAAGCGCCAAUGAGUAUCAGACUUUUUGACCAAAUCCUUCGGGAAUCGCGUAUUUUCUAUAUAAAAUGUGUACCCUAUGUGUUAAUCCAAGAUAGCUACCUCCAUACCAAAUUUCAUAAAAAAUUGUCCACCCGUUUGAGUGUGAACAUGUAACAAACAUUCACAAACUUGCGCGUUUAUAUUAUUCAUGAGAUAAUUAAUUUAUUCGUAGCAUUAAAAUAUACAUUGAGAGAAAUUAAGCAAUAUACAAAAUUUGAAGUUCAUAUUUAUAUAUGUUGUAAUAUGUAUAUAGUUGUAGGAGUAACAGUGAAAAUAAAUAACAUAAAAAAACAUAAAUUAUACUUUUUUUUAUCGCCCUUGUUUUAAUAGUUUGUUUAUAAUAUGUUAUAUUUACUGUUGCUGUUUGUUAUUCCUAAUAAAUAAAAUAAAUAGAACUUUUAAAACGAAAGUACAUUUUACAAAGGUCGGAUAAUCUCUACAUAAUGUAUGUAUUACUUAUAAUAAUUCUGAAUAAAUCGUAUUGAUUCAAUAUUUGUUAAA